UUUAACUUGUCAACAAUUUUCAACACCACCUCACAUACUUGUAUACCAGAAACAUCUAAACAUUAACUAGUUUUUUUUUAAUUAAUCCAACGAUAUCCUCCAAACAAUCAUCAAAUAUUUUUCUUAUCUUCUCAUGGAUUUGAAGUUUAAAUAUUUUGAAGAAUAUACAAGGAAUUCAAGGGGAGUGCAACUCUUCACCUGCAGAUGGUUGCCUUUUUCUUCUCCGAAGGGCCUUGUUUUCUUUUGUCAUGGUUAUGCCGUGGAAUGCAGUAAAUUCAUGAGAGCAUGUGGAGAAAGGUUGGCCAAUGCUAAAUAUGCAGUGUUUGGAGUUGACUAUGAAGGACAUGGACGCUCUGAAGGUGUUCGUGGUCUCAUAACUAAAUUUGACAAUAUAGUUAAUGAUUGUGAAGACAUUUUCAAGUCAAUUUGUGAUCUCCAAGAGCAUAAGGGGAGGGCUAAGUUCUUAUACGGGGAUUCAAUGGGAGGGGCAGUGUGCUUAUUAUUGCAUAAAAAGAACCCUUUAUUUUGGGAUGGUGUUGUACUUGUUGCACCUAUGUGCAAGAUAUUGGAAAAACAUCUGCCACCUCCUAUCGUUGCAAAUGUAUUAACGAAAAUUGAAGAUUUGAUUCCAAAGUGGAAAAUAGUCCCCUCAAAGGAUUUCAUUGAAUCUGGCUUCAAAGAUCGUGCCAAAAGAGAAGAGAUAAGAAAUAAUAAGUUGAUAUACCAAGACAAGCCUAGACUAAAGACAGCAAUGGAAAUGUAUAGAACUAGCACAAGUAUUGAAGAUAGUCUACACGAGCAGGUUACACUUCCUUUUAUAGUGUUACACGGAGAGAAUGAUGCAGUGAUAGACCCAAGAAUAAGUAAUACAUUAUAUGAGAAAGCUAGUAGCAUAGACAAGACCUUCAAAUUGUAUACCGGAAUGUGUCAUGGCAUAACAACUGGAGAGUCCGAUGAAAAUAUUACACUUGUGUUUGCAGACAUCAUAGCUUGGUUGGACAAACAUGUUAGCAAGCCAAAUUUUGAGUCCUUUAAAUUAAUCGAGUGUGAUGACAUUGAGAAAUAAAAGAACAAAAAAAUUGUAUCAGUUACAAAUGUUGACACAAAGUCCUCCAACAAAUAAAUAUGUAGUGAAACAAUCCUGAUGAUUUGGACAUAUUCCAUUCAUUAGCAUAGUAUUAUAAAGCCAAUCUAAUGAUAUUGUUCAUUAUAGCCAUGUACAACUACAACUUAUUUGAAAAAUGUCUUUCAUUAUGACCAACUUCAUCCUUCCCAAGCCCAAAUUGUAUAUGCAGAAACACACAAAUGCUAAGGUGGGAGAGGGUACCAACUUCAUCCUCAUCGAGCCCAAAUUGUAUAUUUAUGUUCAUCUACCAACUACUUGUAUUGUAAAAUACAUAAAUAAAUCAUGAUAUUUAUGCUUA